UAUUCUUUGAAUUGAAGUGGAGAUCGAGGUAUUUGUGGAAGAUGGCCUCUGUUUCUGGGAGCAGUACGAAUACGAAUACUAGGCCAAGUUCUGCUGAUCUAACGAAGCAAUUGAAGAGGCACGAAGUGGCCAUCGCCGAGCUCAACAAUAUUCCUUCUUCCAGAGCUGUCUACCAGAGAAACGCAAACUUGUUUUUUCGCACAACCGUACAAACAGCAACCACGAUGGAGCAGAAACAACUUGAAUCAACCAAAGCGAAGCUAAAAAAUCUGAAUUCUUCUUCAUAGUUGUUUAUAUGUUACAAGUCUUACGGUUUGGGAAUUGGGAGUGAGCGCUUUAGGCAAUGAGGAAUGAGCACAUGUUUCCACUUGGAGACUUUAUCUUACUAAGAGCUGUUUUG